AACUCGGUCUUCCCCGUGUUCACGAUCAGCAACGUCCAGGUGGCGAUUUUGUCCAUGGCGGCGAUCGCGGUGGUGACGAUAACCUAGGGCAAGCCCGAUUUUGCGCACCGCGGAGGCCAGGGGUGGAUUUUGUGCCGGUCGACGAUCGUGAUGGAGGGCGAGGGGAUGAGGGUAUCGCCGACCGCCGCGAUUGGGACAGGUAUGCUGGUGGUGGUGCGGGCCGAUGGCCGCCGGACCAGCGACGAUUUGGGGAUUUUCUCGCUGCAGAACAGGGACCUGAGGUAUUGUGGGCUAAUGAUUUUGAUGACUUUGGUGGGCGGGCCCAAAGGUGUAAUGUUGCCAGUUGCACUACCGUAAUUGCAUACAAUUUAGGAGAUCGUGAUUUUAACAAAGUUCUUACCCUACAUCAAGAUUUUAAAAGAACAGAGUUAAUGAAAGAAGGGAAUAGAACCUAUUCCAUUACCUACAAGAGUUCUUAUGCUUUAUCAAACACUCAUCAUUCUGAGGUAUUUCUAAGGAAGGAAUUCAUUGAAGUUCCCAGAAUAUUUGAGGAUUUUGCAAAAGCGGUAUUACCGGAUAUUAUUGGAAAUCCGACAAUUGAAGAAAUUGAUAUGAGGAUCCAAGAUAAACCUGUUUUUAACCGGUCUAAAGGCCUCACUUACAUGAUUGAGCCCAGGAGAAUGUCUUUCCAGCAAGAUAGAGCUAUUAGCCGUAACCGCUGGGAAGAACAACGAACGAGUAUAUAUACAAGAACUCCAGAU